ACACCAAGAAGCUAGACAUGGCUGUAGCUACUAAAUCUUCCAUUGCUUUCCUUUUGAUAUCUUCUCUUUUGCUUGGUAGUCCUUACUUAUCCUUAUCGGAGGCCACCGUCGACCAGUCGGUUCCGAUCGUGAGCGGCCUGUCAUGGACAUUCUAUCAAAACACAUGUCCCACUGUCGAAUUCAUUAUCCGGAACUACUUGAUGUCGGUGUUCAGUAGCGACAUUGGCCAAGCUGCCGGCUUGCUCCGUCUUCAUUUCCAUGACUGCUUUGUCCAGGGAUGCGACGCGUCGGUCUUGUUGGACGGAUCGGCAAGUGGGCCGGGAGAGCAGCAAGCUCCGCCCAAUCUGACCUUGAGGGCUAGGGCAUUUCAGAUCAUCAACGAACUGCGCAACCGCAUCGAAAACGCUUGUGGGAGAGUCGUCUCCUGUGCUGAUAUCGUUGCUCUUGCUGCUCGUGAAUCAGUUUACUUGUCGGGAGGUCCGUAUUAUGGUGUACCAUUGGGAAGAAGAGAUGGAUUGACUUUCGCCACCAUCAAUGCAACGUUACAGAAUUUACCGCCGCCCUUCGCCAACACUACCACCAUCCUCUCCAUGCUGGCGACAAAAAAUUUCGACCCGACGGACGUCGUGGCUCUUUCCGGUGGCCACACCAUCGGCCUAAGCCAUUGCACUUCUUUCACUCCCCGGCUAUACCCUAACCAAGACCCCACCAUGGACCAAACGUUCGCCAGAAACCUUAAGGUGAUUUGUCCGACGGCAAAUUCCACCAACACGACGGUGAUGGACAUAAGGAGCCCUAACAUAUUCGACAAUAAAUAUUACGUCGAUCUCCUUAACCGACAAGGACUGUUUACAUCCGACCAAGACUUGUACACCGAUAGUAGGACGAGGGGCAUUGUUACUAGCUUCGCCGUCAAUCAGAGUCUCUUCUUCGAGAAGUUUGCGGUGGCGAUGAUAAAGAUGGGGCAGUUGAGCGUGUUGACCGGCAACAACGGCGAAAUUCGGGCUAAUUGCUCCGUCAGGAACUCCCGUAUAAAGUCGGAUUUGGUGUCGGUGGUGGAAGAGCUGCCAGUGGAAGAAGGUCGAUCGGAGUUUUAAGCACUUAAAUAAGCUUGUCCAAAGCGUGUAACAUGUUAACUAUAUCAUCUGCAUAUGUAUGCCUGUGGGGACUGCGUUCUUUUUUAUUUUGUGUGCGCGGGAGACUAUGUUAUACUCGUUUUCUCUGUCUGGUUUUAUUGAAUAAAAUUGCAUCCCUUUGCUAAAA